GCUUCAGGAAGCCAGAGGGAGCUGACAUCAUGGAGGUGUAACGCGGGCUGUGUGGGACCCUUAGACAUUUUACCGGACCGGGCAUUGGACAGGACGUCUCAGGCGCAGCAGCUCCAGUUAGGAGGAAGAAAAACAAUGAUCAACUCUGUUCGAGUACGUCACCAAGGGCCUAUGGACUUCCAGUCUCACUAUGAGUACCUGUGUGCUCUUCAAGACUCUGUCCCAGUGCCAGCCAUAAGAUCGAGCUUUGGACAGGACGUUCUUAGUUUUAAUGCCGAUCGAAUCAAAGUCUCUGAUUGGCCACCUAUUCUAAAUACACUAAAGGUUAAUAAGAGUUUGACAAGUGUGUCAAUAAAAAGUUGUCAUCAGCCAGGAUAUGAAGAUUCAGGUGCCGAGAAACUUGGAAUUCGUUUUAAAAGACGUCUUCCACCGAUCCGAUCGAAGGACAUGACCUUUCAGUUAUGCACGUGCCUCGCAAGCUGUUUAAGUGUGUCAAAGUCUUUGAAACACUUGGAGCUCCAUGGAUUGCCUUUACGUGAGAGAGAUUUAAAAGCUUUAUCAAAGGGCUUGGCUGCCUCCUCCUCCUUGGAAAGCUUGUCCCUACCCUACUGUUCUUGUGGCGAUGAAGGACUCGAAAUCAUUUCUAAAAGUGUGAGGAAUUCACCAACGUUAAAGACACUCGACUUUACUGGAUGCGGUUUGACUUGGCGUGGCGCGGAAUGUAUUGCUAAUAUUAUCAAGCAUCAGGCCACCAGGAGGCACAGCGAGACGUGGGCUGAGAGCCUGAGAUAUAGAAGACCCGAUCUUGACUGUAUGGCUGGACUGAGACGUAUCACUCUGAACUGCAACGCGCUCCUCGGUGACCGUGGGGCUAUGGCUUUAGCAGAAGUGCUUGCUGAGGAUCUCUGGCUGAAAGCCCUAGAUCUGCGCCAGUGUGGCAUUUCCAGCGAUGGUGCUCAAUCUUUGCUUAAUGCUUUCCGUACAAACACGACUCUAAUGAUACUGGAUGUGAGAAGGAACCCUUUCAUUGAUCAUUCACUCCUCAAGACUAUUACUGAGAGAGUGCUCAUGAAUUCCCAUGGUGUACAUUCAGAGUACAAAUGGUUUUCAUCCCCAUCUCCAAAGGAUGGAUCUAACGUGAGACGUAAAUGUAGGUCGGUCAGUCUGCGGCAUGGACGCAAAGGAAGAAACACGCUCCGCAUUGGGCUUCCAAAUAAAAGACACUUGGUGUCUGCAGGACAAGGAACAUCCAAGGAGCUGUAUGCCCCAGAACCAAAGCCUCCUGGAAGUAAAGGUUUCCUCCCGUGGAGAACGGCAGAAAGGGCAAGCAGACACAGGGAAAAUUCUCCAGACAAGAAUCUAUAUUCUCCAUCACAGACAGGCACCUCUGUAAAGAUUGCGAUGGACAGUGAAACCUCGGAAAGUGAAGAAACUGAUAGCUCUUUGGGUGGCUUAAAUAAAGAGCUUGGUGAAUCCCUUCAUAAAAGCUUUCCCCAAAACUUCAGGCUUUUACAGGUGGAAUUGAAAGAAUGCCAACUAAGGUUGAAUGAGGAGAUAAAAACAAGACUGAAAGCUGAUGAGAGAAUAAUGGAGUUGGAAUUAGAAAACACUCGAUUAAGGCAGAUUAAUCAGACUCUUUCUGAUGCCCUUCGAACACGGCCGCCAACGCCUACGCUCUUGGAAGAUGAAGGCGUCCUGGACAGCAUUGAGAAGUCCUUCAAUAAGUUCCAUGCAUUCCUUGACCUUUUGAGAGAUGCAGGCUUGGGGCAACUUGCCACCCUUGCUGGCAUAGAUCAGUCGGAUUUUGCAUUGCCAGGGGAUCCUCAGAUGACUUCCACUAGUAGAUCUCACCAACCAUAUACCGAGACACGCCAAAACCUGCAUGGAACCUACAUGAUUCCUCAGCAACCUGUCAGAACUCUGGAAGGUGACCCUAGAGGUCUGUCUGAAUCAUGUGCUUCCUCUAUUCCUCUGGAGUUAGAUGAAUCCCAUACUACCUACCAGAAGAGCAAAGAAGAAAUGGGUUUUGAUCUUGAUAUAAAGGAUGGUGAGGGAUACAAGAGCAGCAGGGUAUCAUCUGUGCCGGAAAAUACCAAAGAUGCAGACCGUUUUAAAAAACGUAACCUGCCCAACAAAAAAGAAACCGAUAAUGAAUGUUCAUCUUCAGAUUCCAGCAGGAGUAAAAAAAGCAGCACAAGUAAAAAGUCCACAGCAUCCUCCAGUGAGACGGACAGAAAAUAUUCAUCAAAAAGAAGCCUGUCUGCAGGGACGAAUAGCGCUGAUCCUCAAGUCUCUGUAGCUAGAAAUCAAAAUGAUGUGAGAACUCCCCUCGUUUCUGAUGCCAACGUAUCUGAAUCAGAAAUCCAAGAGAAUAUUAAUUCUUUUGGAAGCCGGAGCAGAGGCUCACAAGAGAGUAUGUAGCG